GUCUCUUGACAACCGGUUCUUGACAAUGCCUCCUUUCGGACGUGGUGCUCCCCGCGGUGGUGGCGGCGCCCGAGGUGGUCGCGGAGGAUUUGGCGACCGUGGAGGUCGCGGCGGUGCCCGUGGAGGCCGUGGAGGCUUCGGUGACCGUGGCGGUCGCGGUGGCUUCGGUGGUGGCCGUGGUCGUGGUACGCAAUGACGGCCUUUGUUGCCAGCUCGAUGCAAGAGAAAAGAAACUAAUCGUGACUCCAGGCGUUGGCAAGCCCAUGGGCCGUGGAGGACCUCGCGGAGGCGCUCGUGGUGGCCGCGGCGGCGGUGCCGGCCAGAGGGGCGGUGCCAAGGUCAUCGUUGAGCCUCACCGUCACCCUGGUGUCUUCGUCGUGCGCGGCGGCAAGGAGGAUGGUAUCGCGACCCGCAACAUCACCCCUGGCGAGUCUGUCUACGGCGAGAAGCGCGUGUCCGUCGACGAGGUCCAGACCAACGAGGACGGCAGCCAAACGACCACAAAGGUCGAGUACCGCACCUGGAACCCCUUCCGUAGCAAGCUCUGCGCUGCGAUCGCUGGUGGUGCCGACGACAUCUACAUGAAGCCUGGCUCGCGCGUGCUGUACCUCGGUGGUGCCUCUGGUACCUCCGUGUCCCACGUUGCCGACCUUGUCGGUCCCACUGGUUUCGUCUACGCCGUCGAGUUCUCCUCGCGCUCCGGCCGUGAUCUCGUCAGCAUGGCCUCGAAGCGCACCAACGUCGUCCCCAUUGUCGAGGACGCCCGUCAGCCCGCCCGCUACCGCAUGGUGGUCCCCAUGGUCGAUGUCAUCUUUGCCGAUGUGGCCCAGCCUGACCAGGCCCGUAUCGUUGCUAUGAACGCCAACUGGUUCCUCAAGGCCGGCGGUGGCGUGUUGAUCUCCAUCAAGGCCAACUGUAUCGACUCGACGGCCCCUGCUGCCGAGGUCUUUGCCGCCGAGGUCCAGAAGAUGCGCGCAGACGGCAUCAAGCCCAAGUUCCAGCUUACUCUGGAACCCUUUGAGCGUGAUCACUGUCUUGUCGCUGGCAUCUUCAACCGCACACAAAAGUCGGCUUAGAUUUUCUUUGAUACCAUGUUGGAGGAAGUAUAAGACUAUUGUUGGCUCAGCAAACGGGUCAUUGAUGACAAUUGCUUUCGACUGGGGCGCGCUGGGCGUUUUACGGAUUUGGGCAUUUCCUGUCU